UCGUUGACUGGUUAAAGUGAGUGGAACUAAACCGUUGCUCCGCUCGCAUGUUUCACUCGGACUGUAAUGAGGUGCGCACCGCUGAUCAUGUGACCGUCAGGAGAAGCUGCUCUAAACAUCAUUUAAUUUACAAAUAUUAACUUUAUUUUGUGUGAUGAUAUAUUAAAAGCGUCAGAAAAUGCUGUUAGUUUUAUCUGAGGAACACAAGGAGCAUUUAGGUUUCUUAUCAGAAGUCGAUUCUGCGGUUGUUGGAGAGUUUGGCCGAAUUGCUGUGGAGUUUCUGAAAAAGGGCUCAAACCCUAAGAUCUUCGAGGGAGCGGCACGGAAGCUGAAUGUGCCAGCGGAGAGCGUCCAGCACGGGGUGGAGGGGCUGAUGUACCUCCUCACGGAGAGCGCCAAACUCAUGGUUUCGGAGGGGGAUUUCCAGGACUCAGUGCUGGUGUUGGGGUUCUCGGAGGAGCUCAAUCAGCUUCUCCUCCAGCUGUACUUGGAGAACAGGAAGGAGAUUCGGCAGAUCCUGGGCAAACUCGCCCCCAGCCUCCCACAUUACCACAACCUGGAGUGGAGGCUCGACGUUCAGCUGUCCAGUCGGGCUCUUCGCCACCAGCUGAAGCCCAGCGUGACCCUGAAGCUGGUCCUGGAGGACGGGCCGGGUCUCAGGGCCCGUGUGCUUCAGACGGACCCGUCCACCCUGCAGAACCUCAUCCGGGAGCUGGAGCGAGCGCUGUCCGAGCUCAAAACCAGCCACUGCAGACGAGUGCUGCGCAACAUCAAGUAGAACACACACACACACAUGCUCGAGCAACCCGGAGAGAGGAAGGGCAGCGACUCCUGGUUACAUCUGCAGUUUUCAUUUCACCUUAAAGGGAUAGUUCACCCGAAAAUGAAAAAUCCUGUCAUCCGUAACACCUCUGUUCAUCUUCAGAACACAAAUGAAGAUGUUUUAAUGAAAUCUGAGCCUCCAUUGACAGUCUAUACACCUGAAACUACAAAAGGUUCAGUUCAUGAGAUCGUAAAAGAAACCCAACUGGAUUGAAUCCGUAUAAUCCAGAUCUGAAGAGAACAGAUUGACUUUAGGCUUUUAUUCACUGAUAAACGCUCGACCAUGAGAAUGAGCCUCAUCGGUCCUCACGCUUGAGCUUCUGUUCACCAUAUCUGAUGUGCUCUAUGUACGUUUGCUGAUCAAUGUUUAUAUGUGAAUAAAAGACUAAAUUCAAUCUGUUUGCUAAAUAAAGUGAUCGAGUCCCUUCAGAAAUUAUGGACUAGUUCUACGAUCUCUUUAUGAUCUUUGUGGUAGUUGUCAACAGAGGGACAGAAAUCUCUCAGAUUUCAUUAAAAAUAUCUGCAUUUGUGUUCUGAAGAUUUAAAGCGUUUAAUAAUGACAGGAUUUUCAUAUUUGGGUGAACUAACCCUUUAAACCAGUGAUGAUCUAGUUCGAAAAAUCGAUGCAGAUAUAAUGGAUUCAUUUGUGCCAUAAGUAUUAACAGAUGCCUUUGCUUUAUAAUAAGGGUGUGCACAUGGAACUGAAGCGUGUGUCGUGUGUGUUUCUGGGGGUUUACGUUCCCAGGAAUAUAUGCACAUUUAGGACCAAAUUUACCGAAUGUCAUAUUGAUGAGUUAUUGCACUCUUUCUUAAGGGUCCACAUGUAGAGUAAUGACCAGUGUUUGAGCAUUUCCUGCACUUUUAUCAUCACAAAAUGUAAAAAGAAAUGUGUGAAAUGCAGCUGAGAGUGCCACACUUUAUAUGUGAAUGUCAGAUGUCCUCGUAGUCCCAUUGGACCUGGUGAGAAGAACUAGAUGACCAUUAAACUGCCUUUUUCCUCAAUACUCACUGCACUGUUAACAUUUGAACUGUAUUCAUGUGUUUUUAGCUGUUUUCCAUCAGUUCCUGUAAUAAAAACAUAAUCCAUCAAA